UGAUUGCAUGAUUGCAUAACGCCUGAAAAGCCUCAAUCCACUAAUCUGCAAGUCGAGCACAUAUAUCAUCACCAAGUCAUACGACAAGCUAGUGGCCGUGAUCUGGCCGCCUUCUCCAACAAGAAGUUGGCUCUCACAAAAUACACUUCAAUGGGUUUCAAAAUGGACAAUCUACAUUUACCAACAGUGGGAUCGUCUACGUCAGCCAACAACGAAACUGGCACAGAUUCUACACAAAGCUUCCAGGAACUCAUUAAAAGAAAGGAAAAUCUGGAAGCAGAAUUAUCUGCUCUCGGCUCCGUUUUGGAUUCGCACAACGUCAACAUGAACACAUCGCUGUUAACAUUUGAUGGAUUCCCUCGAGCAGACAUCGAUGUUGCUCAGAUCCGCAUGACGCGAGCACGUAUUAUUCAACUCAAGAACGAUCACAAGGCGGCCAUGAAACAGCUGGAAGAAGCGGUACACAAGCAAUUCGCAUCAGGCAAAGCUCUCGAUGUUGAGGCGGAAAGCGAUGCUCCUCGUACUAUCAACGAGGAUGCUGGUGCCCCGUCAGUAUCUGCUCCAGCUCCUAUCGCGCAUCAACCGCCAUUCGCGAGGAUCAAUACAGUCAUUCCAGGAGGGCCAGCCGAGCAGGCAGGCCUCCGACCCGAAGAUCGGCUGGUCGUGUUCGGUUCGGUGAAUUUCACGAAUCAUGAACGGCUUGGGAAAGUUGCGCAAGUCGUGCAAGAGAACGAGAACCGUCCUAUCCUCGUCAAGGUGCUUCGUCAAGAAACAGAUCAGGCAUCACCCUCACUGAUCGAACUUCACCUCACGCCGCAGCGGGAUUGGGGAGGCCGUGGACUUCUCGGCUGUCAUUUGCUGCCACUGUCAUGAUGGAUCAACAUAUUCCCCACGGAAGUUUCCCGACUCGGUCUUGUACGUAGUAUAUGCUUAAUUUCUGUACUGUUCUGAUGAAACUCUGGGGCAGAAUCCAAUCCAAUUCGCAUCACACCAG